UAUAGGAAACCAGUGUUGUCUGCCAGGAACAGUAUCUUGUCCAAGCAGUCUUCCCGGACCACUUAUUCGUAAUGUAAUGGUUUCAUGCUGCUUGACUUCUCAUUCCUGCCACACCACCGAGAGUACUCAGAGUCUGCUGUGCCGAAGAAGGAAUGGCUAGAAUGGACUGCCCUGUUCCGUAAGGGAGAGUUGAAGCUUGAAGAGUUGAGACCGGCUGUUGAUACUGAAGCCUCUGUGAGACCACCUCCUACAGCAGAGGAGGAUGCUUUGGAUCAGGUUGCUGCAAUGGACUACAUCACCGGCAAGGGGGAUUGGGAUCCAGGCAGCAGUGAUGCAUCGGUGCUGCCGCUACCAUCCCAAAACCAGCGUACAGGAUUGGUACUCAAGAACAUCCAGUUUGCAGCCGCCAUGCCAGACGCUCGACAGUUUCUUAAACUGGAAUACCCCAUCAAGCUGGCUGUCAUAGGCACACCUUUCUCUGGUAAGUUUCCUAAACGGUUCUCACCUUGUCGAGGUGUGUCGUCUGUGCAGCAGGCAUCAGCAUUGGCACCGAAACCGGCCAAACGUAAACCCGGGAGGCCACGGAAGGUUGUGGAGGAGGGGGCUGCAAUCGAGGGCAGUGGUGGGGCCAAUGAGAAUGUUGCGGAGGAGGAAUACUGUAACUCCCAAGAGCAGCCCGCUGGUGCCGCACCCAAAUCGACGAAACACAAGCCAGGGAGACCACAGAAGGUUGCGGAGGAGGAAACUGCUGCAAUGGAGGAGAGCGGUGGGACUGGAGAAAACAUUGCGGAGGGCCGGUAGGGGGACGCCUUUGAUUCCGAAGAAGAGCUGCUUGAAUGCAAGAAAUGCAAACAAUCCAAGUCAACAGACCGAGGCGGGAUACUUGGGGGUUGAAGCGGGUGUGGAACUGACACUGUGUGUGUGUGUGUGUGUGUGUGUGUGUGUGUGUGUGUUUGUGUCAUGUGUGCCGGUUUAAGAUUCCAAGUUCCGAACUGUGAGGUUCGGAGAACACUUCGGGCGCUAAUAAACUUAACAUUUCCAA